UCCAAUGCAGGCUGCCAAAACAAGAACAACGUUGGACUGUUUUUCUUAUACAAAAUGCUCAAGGCCCUGUUGAUUAUCUUGCAUCGCGCAAUCAUCUGGAGAAAACAUGGCGUUUCCUGGAUUUUCCUCUGCUUCAUGCUCUCAGGAAGUCACUCCCUCAUCAAAGUUGAGCAGAUUCCAGUAGUUGUGUCACCACUGAGUCAUAAUGUCACCCUGAAGUGUGAACUUAUCUAUUCCUCUGAAGACAAGCCCACCAACAUACCUAUUCUCUACUGGGAGCUCUUAAGUUCCGAUCGAGACCCCCCACCCAGACUGUGGCCCAAGGGAGAACCGUAUGAGGGACGGGUGGAGCAACUGGAAACCAAUGCCACAGCCCAGAACAAGUCCAUACUUCUGAAGGACGUCCGGUGGGAGGACAGUGGGGUUUAUCAGUGUAAACUGUCCAUCAAAACAAAAAGCGCAGGAUAUGGAAGGAUAAAAGGGAGAGGAACUGUGCUGAGGGUGUUCGACGCCAUCUUCUUCAACGCCACUGCUGAGCAUGACAACCAGCUCCAAUGUGCUGUGAGGGUAUCCCACGACCUUGGCUUUGUUCUGUCUGUGACCCACGAUGGACUCAAGCAAACCAUCGAUUCCAUCGCAGGAAACAACGUUUCAGAUCUGCCGUACGUUCCUCUCGCUGGUAGUGUUCCCUUGAGCAAAUUCGGGGACUAUGAAUGUCAACUCCACCUGAACGACACGCUGAUAGACAGAAGGACUUUUCAGCACAACCCACCUGAGCCUGAGAAGACAGACUACCCACAACCAUGGCUCCUUUACGUGGCCAUCCUGCAGACUCCUCUAACCGUUCUGCUGUUCCUGCUCACUGCCAUGCUUUUGUAUCCCUCUGCUGAGAGAGUCCGUAUCCCUGUGGACCGCAGAAAAACCAGUUAGUGUGGCACAGGAGAUUAAAGUUGUCAUCGCCUAAAAGAGCACCAUCUCCAAAAAAAAGAAGAAGAAAAAAAAACCGUUUGGCUUUAAAAAGAAGCUAAAGCCUGCAGCACUUUUGUGAGUUUGACACCAUCUGAAGGUGAAGGACCUUCCAUAAGUGCUGAGCUGAUCUUGGGGCCAAAUGAUGUAAGCAGAGCAGGAUAAACACAGAAGUAGAGUAAAAUUAACGACGUGUCUGUUUGAUUUAGGUGUGGAAAUGAACCAGCAUUAAUAACAACUACUAGUUUGUCAAUGCCGGCUCACUGCGAUCUUCUUUUUAUAACAUAACAUGGAUGUAUAUGUACCCUUUGAAGGCUUGUGAAUGCCUCAGUUUACCUAGAGAAAUGAAAAGUGUACAAAUUAAAGGUGUG